GCUUUUAGCACAUUAUCCACCGGCAAUUGAAAGACGAGUCCUGCCACUACCACGGACAGGUUCACGAUUCCUGCUCGCAGCUGUCAUUCGUACGGCAUCAAAUGUCUCUCACAUCAUCGAUUUAUAGUAAUACUAAGUUCACAGGACGGCAUAACGAUGACGUGGAGGGCAGCACGCCGAUUGGCUACCGCCGAUAGCGAUCGAGGGAGAACCGAAAUUAAGGAGAGCGCAAGUGUCCAGUCAUUGCAAUGUUAAAGAUCCCAGUAAACUGGACGCGUUGACGAGGAAACAUUUCGCGCUAUGAUCUUGCCCAGCCGCAUCGGUCAGCUUUAAACGGCUCUGAAAGACUUUACGUUUGUGUCAGCUUUGUUUCGGGUUUUUAACAAGGGGAGCUUGAGUUGGCGCGCCGAACUUUCAGCACCCUAGAGCAUCUUUGGGGAGAAGCUGCUUGGCAAAUACGCAACUUUCUCCGGCGACUGCAGCGAGCCGUCCCGCCAUGGAGUACACGUCUUCCACGAAACCUCAGCUUUCCUCCAGGGCCAAUGCCUUCUCUAUCGCCGCUCUUAUGUCAAGUGGGAAAACUAAGGACAAGGACACGGAGGAAAACACUAUCAAACCUCUGGAGCAAUUCGUAGAGAAGUCGUCCUGCAGUCAGUCGGUGGGGGACCUGUCCGCCUUGGAGGCGGCCGGAGAGUUCGGCGGCAGUUCGCCCGUGAUCUGCACGGAGCCGCUCAUCCCCACCACGCCGAGCGUCCCCAGUGAGGAGAUGGCAAAGGUUUCCUGCAGCCUGGAAACCAAGGAGCUCUGGGACAAGUUCCACGAUCUCGGCACAGAAAUGAUCAUCACUAAAUCUGGAAGAAGAAUGUUCCCAACCAUCAGAGUAUCCUUCUCUGGAGUGGAGCCGGACGCCAAAUACAUAGUGCUGAUGGACAUUGUGCCCGUAGACAAUAAGAGGUACCGAUAUGCCUACCACAGGUCGUCGUGGCUCGUGGCGGGGAAAGCGGACCCCCCUCUGCCGGCAAGAUUGUACGUCCAUCCCGACUCCCCAUUCACCGGCGAGCAGCUACUGAAACAAAUGAUCUCCUUCGAGAAGGUCAAGCUGACCAACAACGAGCUUGACCAGCACGGCCACAUCAUCCUCAACUCCAUGCACAAGUACCAGCCCAGAGUGCAUAUCAUUAAGAAGAAGGAACACACUGCCUCACUGCUCAAUCUGAAAUCCGAGGAGUUCCGCACCUUCGUGUUCACGGAGACCGUCUUCACUGCAGUUACUGCCUACCAAAACCAGCUGAUCACCAAGCUGAAAAUCGAUAGCAACCCCUUUGCAAAAGGCUUCAGAGACUCCUCCAGGUUGACCGACAUUGAAAGGGAAAGUGUAGAGAGUUUGAUCCACAAGCACUCUUAUGCGCGAUCGCCCAUCCGGACGUACACUGGGGAAGAGGAAGGCCUUGGGGAAGAUGGACACGGCGCUCACAGUCGGGGCUCCGCCUUCACAGCUUCAGAUAACCUGUCGCUGAGCUCCUGGGUGACCACCACCUCCGGCUUCUCCAGCUUCCAGCACCCACAGUCCCUGUCCGCCAUUGGGGGCAACGCCGCCUCGCUGGCCAGCCCGCUGCCCCACCCCAUCCAGGGCUCCUUGCCCCCGUAUGGACGGCUGGGCGUGCCCCUCACCCCCUCUGCUCUCAGCAGCAUGCCAGGCAGUGGGCCCAGUUUCCCCUCCUUCCACAUGCCUCGGUAUCAUCACUAUUUUCAGCAGGGGCCCUAUGCUGCCAUCCAGGGACUGCGGCAUUCCUCCACGGUCAUGACACCCUUUGUAUGACUCCUGCCAUCCCUCACAGAGACCGGAUCCAGCCCCUACACCAUCCAGUAUCCAACCCCCAUCAACAGGCAUCCUCCCUAACCCUCCUUCUCUAUAUCUUCGUCAAGUUCCUCCUCAGUGUAAAUAAGAAACCAUGUUAAAGUUCAGUGAACGACCUGGAGCCUCCGGCAUAGUCGGCUGCUCUGGAGAAGAAUCCAGAAGAAUGUGGACUUUCUGCAGGUUGGAGAUCCUGUAGAAAAUAUUUGUACAAAGACCAUAACUAGUAUACCUCGCCUUCUCCUUGUUUGGUGAGGAUGAGCUCAUAACCCUUUUGCCAAAGUUUUCUGGACAGAGUUUUUUUGGGACACAAACUUGUUGAGCAUCUCACCAACUGGGGUUGGUGUUUUCUCUGCUUGGCUUACCUCUGUCAUGCAUGGAGAAGAGCUAUUGGCUAGGAAAUGAUGACACAAGGAGUAUGUCACAUGAUGUGACUAGGACACACCCACAACGGACAUUGGCACACGUGGCACAGUGACCUCAGAGGGACAAUCUGCAUACUUUGUAGCCAGACUCCACGGAGCCAGGAAGGAGCUUACAUAAAUACAAAACACAUAUUCUGCAAGGCAGGCAGAGUCCUGCUUAAGGUGUGGAAAAGUUAUGAAAAAAUCCUGGGGAAGAGAAUCAGUAUAUGUAUGUGACAAACUGACUAUCAGGACAAGGCAAUACAAUUCAGUGCUCGGACUUUGUGGUUUGGCCUCAACUUUCACCAGAAAUUAAAUACUUUUUCUAGCUUUUGUUCAGCUUGUUAUGUUAUAGCAUGAUUUCCAUGUCCUGAUAUUUUUCAAACAAGCUUAGGACCAAACCACUAACAGGAAGAGUAAGAAUUGUUUCCACCCUUUAUAUGUACUUGGAGCUUUUGUCUGCUUUGGGUGAAACGUUCUGCGUAGUGAUUGCAGCCUCCACUGCUAGCGGCUCCAAUGACAGCGGAGUCCUGAACAUCUUCCCUCCCCCACCUUCCCACUACGCCAAUCACAGUGAUGUGAGAUUAAAGGGGAACAGAGAUACCGUCAAGACAUUCCCUCUCAGACAAAUUAGGGAAAUGGAUGUAUCAGUCAGAUGUUCUCCAUUUGUCACUCUCCAUUGUCUGUGUUUCAGUAAAUACAAGAAUAUACUGGUAAUUUACCCUUAGGAUUUUUUUUCUGUUGGAAAUAUAGCAAUUUUUGCUUACUUCUAUCCUGGACUGUAUGUAGUUUAAAAGUAAACCCAGGGUUUGGUGUGUAGUUGGCCA